GUCGUUUUGUUCGUUCUUUACCUUUUCUACAUACAUUGAUGGUGUCUUUUGUAUUCAAAACCAUAUCAAGACAAUUACCACCACGUCUCGUCCAUCGUCCUCCUGUUUUGGUACCAUGCUUACAAGACCGGUGCAUUUCCACUACUCGGGUACGACCAUCCCAUGAUCUACAAUCAAAAGCAGAUAUGGAAAAAGCCAUGAAUGAUAUUGAAGACCUUUAUGCUGCUGCUAAAGACGAGAUGGAAUAUGCCGAAGAAUCACAAGGAUCAGUAUAUUAUCAAGAAGAUCAUGGUACGGCAAAAAAGGCUGUUCAACAAUGUUUGGAUGCAUACGACACUUUUCUAAAAGAACUACCUACCAAUGAUAUGCGUCAAGAAGUUCAAGGCAAGGUCGGGUUUAAACUUAAGGAAUUGAAGAUGGCUUUGGAUGCUUUACCGCAAGAUGAUCAUUAAACAACACCUCAACAAAUUGGUUUUUUCUUUUUCCUACUAUUACAUACAGUCGUCACUUUGCUUUUAGUUGAUAGUCCUUCUUUUUUUUUUUUUUUGACAUCAUCAUAGUUGUGUACAUAUUUGUCCUUUUUUUUUUGUCCAUAUUCUUCUAUUUAUAAUAAACGAGAUCUUGGAUUUGUGUGGAUGAUUAUU